CGACAACGUUGUUUUUCUCAACCCAUACUGCUCCGAUCUUAUCUCAUCACUUCGACCGGUGCCACCACAUUUAUCGUGCAAGUCCACUUCCACUUGGUGUUCAAACAUGACUAUGCGCCAUAUGGCCUCGCAUCAGACCGUAGACGCGGUCCUCACGAAAUGUGCGACUUUCUUGACAUUCAAAGCGAAGCCUGGGAACAACAAUCUUGCCACAAUCCGCUCGACCUUGGCCAGCUUGGGCGACCUCACCAAGAACAUUGGCAUUCGCGAUCUUCGCUCCAAUCUGACAUGUACCGUCGGGAUAGGCAGCGACAUUUGGGACCGCCUGACACGAGCAUCGCGACCAAAGGAACUUCGCCCUCUGCCUGUGCUCAAAGGCCGUGUCCACGCAACUGUGUCGACCCCGGCAGACCUGCUGUUCCACAUUCGCGCAGACAGAAGAGAUCUCUGUUUCGAGCUCGAGAGGCAGGUCAUGGACGGCUUGGGUGACUCUGUCGAUCUCACUGACUCAACCGUCGGCUUCCGGUAUUUCGAUGCCCGCGAUCUUCUUGGGUUUGUGGACGGCACGGCGAACCCUGUAGGGCCAGCCGUCAUGCCCUCAGCCAUUGUCGCCGAGGAAGAGGACUUCGCGGGCGCCGGUGGGAGCUACGUAGUCGUGCAAAAGUACAUACACGACCUCGACCGCUGGAAGAAGCUCAAGGUCGAAGAGCAAGAGUCCAUCAUCGGCCGCACCAAGGUUGAGAACAUGGAGCUUGACGACGCCCCGGAGGGCACGCAAGCAGCGCACAAGACCCUAGCCUCCAUAACCGACGAUGACGGCAAUGAACAGGACAUUGUGAGGGAAAACAUGCCCUUUGGAUCACCAGCCUCUGGCGAGUAUGGCACGUACUUCAUUGGCUACUCGUCAAAGCUCUGGGUCACGGAAAAGAUGCUGGAGCGCAUGUUUGUGGGAUCGCCGCCGGGCAUGCAUGAUCGCAUCUUGGACUACUCGACGCCAGUCACAGGGAGCACAUUCUUUGCACCUUCGGCAGACAUGCUUGAGAGUCUGGACCAAGUUCAGGAUUAAGCAUGUUGCCAUCAUCGCAUCUAACGAGCCGGGCACUUUGCCCACCCAGACUUUUGGCUCUUCGCUAAUAUCGCCGUUGAUGCCCACCAAUGUCCUGGAUGAGACAAGCUCAUGUUUUCCCUGGCUACUGUUGAGAAGCGCACCAAUUGCGAGAGCCUGAAAAGUAAUAAAGCUACUAUCGU